GCUACCUCCACCAUGCCCAUCGGCGUUGCUGCAUUAGAGGCUGCAAUACGCAAGUCCCUUAAUUGCUCCCACAUUGAAAUAGAGGAUACUUCGAGUGGCUGCGGUGAAAACUAUGCCAUCCUUCUUGUCAGUGAGGACUUUGAGGGAAAAUCCACCCUUGUUCGUCACCGUUGGAUUAACCAGCUCCUAAAGGAUGAGAUCGCUCAGAUGCACGCAUUUUCACAAAAAACAUUUACACCUGCUCAAUACGAAGCACAUCUAGCCAAAAGCGCAUAG